AGUAGGAUCUGAUAGGACCGCUGGUUACAGCCUAGUCGAGUCUGAUACUUUUCCAUCAGUUCCUUCGUGUCAUGCGCUAAGAACUGUUUGUUUCGUUUCUUCUUGUUUUGUGAUUCUUUUGUGUAUCUGCAUUCUAUCUAAUUCUGAUCGCGUGUUCGACUGUUUCGAAUUGCCACAAAUCGCCAUUCGUCGUUCGAGAUUGUUCGAGACGCCUCAGCUUAUUUCAGACUUAAAUGGAUAUAGAUUGCAUCGCACGAGUCCGUGAAAUGCUCUAUGGAAUACAAAGAAAUAUUUUUUUCUUUAUUUUCACCUGAUACAAGGCACUUCGCAGAAGAAUAAAUAACAUUACAUUUCGCAAUCUUUCAUAUUUUCAAGAAGUAUCUAGGUUUUCCUUGCUAGUACGGGAACGGAGGUUGUAAGAAGACGUUUGAAGGCGAUGGCAUCGCAAGAAGCACAGGAUUUUCAUAUGGCAUACGAUAUGCAUGAAAAGUUGAAUUGUUUAGGCGUGACAGAAAACGCAGUUAGCUUGAAUAAGAAAAAUGUUUAUAUACAAUCAUUAGUCGAUCAAGCAUUGGAGUUAAUUGAUCCCACUCCUAAUAUUCACACAAUGUUUAUACAAUUUAAUGCAAGAUUUUUCUGGUGUGUUUUAUCUUCUGUCGAAGUCAAAUGGAGUAACAGAAUGACAAGUUGUGCUGGAAUAUGUCGCUUUCACUCACGUAAUAAGGAAUGUGUGAUAUCACUCAGUGCACCAUUACUUAAACUCAGACCAAGGAAGGAUCUAGUAGAAACCUUAUUGCACGAGAUGAUCCAUGCAUAUUUAUUUUUAACAAAUAAUGAUCAGGACCGAGAUGGUCAUGGACCGAAUUUCUGCAAACACAUGCACAGGAUAAACAAAGAAGCGGGAACCAAUAUAACGAUUUAUCACAACUUUCAUGAUGAAGUAAAGCUGUACAAACAGCAUUGGUGGAAAUGUAACGGACCUUGCCAAUACAGACCACCAUUCUUUGGAACGGUUCGACGAAGCAUGAAUCGUCCGCCCGGUCCAACAGACUUUUGGUGGCGUGAACAUCAACAAAAUUGUAAUGGUCAAUUUGUAAAGAUCAAAGAGCCAGAGAAUUUCAAAUCGCGUUCAAAGCAAAAUGAUAAGUCAAAGAAUACAAGAAUAACUGAUUGGUUUCCAAAGAGUAUUUCGGCGGAUACAGCUAUACCUACAACUUCAAAAGCUCUUAGUAAUAACGACUCUAAAAUAUUUACUCAAACGGACAAUGUUAAGCCUAGUACAAGUAAAGACAAUGGUGGUACAAAUUCGUCUCACACUGUGAAUGAGAAAGAUACUCAAGAUCUGUCGUUGGGAAUGAAGAAGCUUGGCAGCAGUAGUAAUAAUGUACAUGGUUGGGGUACCAGUGGCCCGAGUGAAAACGCAAAGAAAGAUGAUGCAAAGAAUGUUUCUAAGACUCCCAAGUUUUCUUGUUCCGGUGUUCUGGGAGGCAGUAGUAGUGGUCAGAGUAAUCUUUUAACCAAAUUCAAACUAAAUGACAGUAAAAAUCCCCUAUGUGAAUCAAGUAAGAGAGAUUCAACCUCGAUAUCGGUUGCGGGACAAGCAACUGCUAAUGAUUCGAUUUUAAAUCUAAGUCAACCAAGAAAUAAUUCCGUACCUUGUCCUAUAUGUAACAUACCUAUGACUUUAGAAAAUAUAUAUAGACAUAUAGAUUUAUGCCUAAUAAAUGAUAAUACAUCAUUGAUUGAUGAGAUUAACAAUAAUAUUAAUAAUAAUAACAACAAUGAAGAGUUAAUGUUACCUAUUCGAACGUUUUCUACGUCGGUGACGGAGCAAAGUGUUGACACAAACACAAUUUCUAAUAAGCGCUUAAAAUUCGAUAAUUCGAACGAUACAGUUGAAUGCGUCACUUGUCCCGUUUGUAAUAAAAGAUUGCUGGCCACGGAUAUUAACCAGCAUCUUGAUGAAUGUCUAUUAGAAGCAGAUACAGCUCGUAAAGCUGCCAUUCCCUCCACCUCUCGUGCAUCAUUUGAUGAUAACUUAAUUACUAUAAGCAGUUCCUCUAAUUCUGAUUUGGAUAAUUCUGUAUUGAUGGAGGAGCCACAACCAAGUACUAGCACUUGUAAUAACGACGUAGUGGAACAUAAAUGUUUAGUUUGUAACACACAGAUCGCACCUGAAAUAUCAUUAAAUGAACAUCUUGAAGAAUGCAUUGGAAGUGUUUUUAAUGACGACAUAAUAAUAGACGAUAAGGAGGAUGAUAACGAUGAUAUGCUUGCUAUAGAAAAUAAUUCCACGGAAAGUAAAUAUCCCUGUCCAGUAUGUAUGCAAAUAAUAUCGGAAAAUCUUAUGAAUCAGCAUUUAGAUAUGUGCCUUAAAAAUGAAUAAAGUGGUCUUGUGAACAGAAAGAACGACAAUGAACUAUUUUGCGGAUAAUGAAAUGGUUUUUUUAUCUAAAUAA